AUGAUCCUCCGGCCUGGGGCGCCCGGGCUGCUGCGCUCUGCCCCGCGCAGGCCACGCUUUCUUGCCGGAACAGUCACAUGCCCUCGGCGUGAUGUUCUGAUUAGUGUUGGCCAGGCCAAUGUGUUAGGAUAUACUCUUCGGGAAUUUUUAAAGCUUUUGCAAUGCAUCACCACAGGAACAGUGCUGCAAAUCGAGGUUUACCGAGAAUUUAUUGACAUACCCCAAGAAUGGCAAGACAUAUAUGAUUUAAUCCCUGAGACCAAAUUCCCAGUAACAUGCACAACGAAGAAAACUGAGGAGGCAACAGGCGACUUUUUCACAAGCAGUGAUGACAAGGAAGAUGUUUUAGAUAAAAAACUUAAGUAUUAUAAAGCCCCACGGUCCACUGGGCAUCAUCCUGCAAGGAGACCCAUGUCGAUCUCCAGAGAAUGGCAUGAAUACAAAAAGAAGAAUGAGACGAUCAGCGUAGGAACAGACAUUGCCUGUGACAUCAUGGUUCACGGAGACCACAGGGAAGGAGUGAGAGCCCCUUCCCCUUACUGGACCAUGGUGAAGCAAGACAAGGACAGCUCCUCCUCCUCCUCAGCCUCAGACGCAUUCUGGCUGGAAGACUAUGCCCAAGUUGAAAAGGGCAAGGGUCAACCUGCACCAAAAGUUGGUUAGUAGUUUGCAAA